UGUCGACGUUAUUCACAAAGUUUUAUACGCACUUUCAUGAUGUCACACAGUGUGGAAAUUUAUGCCAUGGGGCCCCUGCCUGGGCACCUGACCGCGGGAGCUACCUCCGAAAUUCGCGCCCUAAAUUUCAUUGGCCUUGGCUUGACGCGUUUGUUUCACCGCGUUCUUCAUUGCCACGCCUCUGCAAAUAUCGCCUGCAAUAGUGCAGCCUGGAAGCUACCGACUGCCCCGCAAAUCCUGUACUUCGGUCUGCAUUGUACCAUGUCUGCGAAAGGGAAUGAGCCCGACGAGCUUGGGGACAGCGCAUUCGACGACUCUGACGGGUUCGGCGAUGAUGCGUUUGACGGCGUCGACGAGGCUGGUCUCAAGGAGCUCGAGCGGCUCGAGCACCCUUCGAAACGGAUCAAGCUCUCCAGAGAAACCGAGCCGCCCGAUUCGCAAGACAGAGCCCAUCUUACACUUGCAGAGCGUCUUCUGUCUGAAAAUUUUGGCCACAAGGCAUUCAGACACGAGCAGGCAGGGGCCAUCCAGAAAAUCCUUGCAGGGCAGAACACGCUUGUGAUCUUCCCGACCGGCGCUGGAAAGUCGUUGUGCUACCAAAUCCCAGCCAUUGCGUUCCCAGAGCUGGAUGAAACCUCGGGACUGAGAGAACCGGAAAACGCGGGCGUCACCAUCGUCGUGUCGCCCCUAAUUGCAUUAAUGAAGGACCAAGUUGAUGCCAUCAGAAAGCGCGGGAUAGCGGCCGACAGCAUCGACUCGACCAAGUCAUGGGACGAUGUCAAAUUGAUCCAUGACAGUCUGCGCAAGUCCCUCCUCAGGAUAUUGUAUUGCGCACCCGAGAGGCUGAACAACGAGGGUUUCAUCGAGAGUGUGAAGAACAUUCCCGGCGGCAUCCGCUUACUGGCAGUUGACGAGGCUCACUGCAUUUCAGAGUGGGGACACUCAUUUAGGCCGGACUAUCUCAAAGUGGCCCGUUUUGUUGAAGAAGUCAAGGCUGAGCGCGUCAUCUGUCUGACGGCUACUGCCACGCCCAAAGUUGCACAGGACGUUUGCAAGGCGUUCAAGAUCAGUCCAUCGUGUGUCUUUCAGACAUCCCCAUACAGGCCGAAUCUUGAGCUGAAUGCCAAGACAGUUGCCAGUUCAGCAAGUGACGCAGAAUCCAUUCUGGACGUCAUGUUUGGGAAAACGAAGACGGAAUGCGAUGCAAGGUUCGCAGAGUUGUUCAAGUUUCUGCGCGCCAAUCCGGGUCCGACGCUAGUCUACGUUGCUUUACAGCAGCAGGCCGAGAACCAUGCGGAAGCUCUCAAAAAGGCGGGCUUUAACGCUGCAGCUUUUCAUGCGGGCAUGAAGACAGAGGUGAAACAGAAAAUCCAGGACGAUUUUAUGGACUCGAAGAUUCAAAUUGUCUGCGCCACAAUUGCUUUCGGCAUGGGUAUCGACAAGGCAGACAUACGCAAUGUCGUGCAUUGGGAUCUCUCAAACACGGUCGAGGAGUAUAGCCAGCAGAUUGGCCGCGCGGGAAGAGAUGGCCUGAGGAGUCGCUGCAUGUUCUAUCUCUCUCCCAGCGCCUUUUACCUCCGCGAAGUCUUCGCGCGCAGAGACCUCCCCUCUCGCCAAUCCCUCAGAGGGCUUCUUGUUGACAUAUUCAACAUUGGUAGUGACUUCUCUGUGGGCCAAGCCUUCAAGGUGAGCCACUACAGACAGGGCAGGGAGUUCGACAUUGGCGCCAGUCCGCUGGCUAUUAUCUAUGCCACCCUGGAACUCCAUUUUGAUCUGUUCCGGGCUGUUACCCCGGAGUAUUCUUCGUACAAGUUUGAGGCCAUGAAGUCCUACUUCCCGGUGAUCAAGAAAGACCCAAGCCCUGAAGCCAAGGCCAUUUUCUCAGGCGCCAAGAGAAAGGUCAAAUACCACGACAUCGAUGUCAACGCGGUAGCCAGGUCAUCCGACCUUGGACGGAUGGACAUCGUCAAGAAGCUCAACUUCUUGAGUGACUCUGGGCACAUCAAAUUGCAGGUUGCUGGGAUCGAGCAACGCUAUUUGAUCCAGAAAAAGCUCCCCCAAACUGACGCAGAAAUUGACGCCGUGCUCGACAAGCUGUACACGGACAUGGAAACACGGGAGAAAGACGCUCUCGAGCGGAGCCGAGAGGUCAUGGCUCUGAUCACGGGGCGCAAAUGUUUUGCUCUGGCGCUGGCGCAGCACUUUGGCAUGGGGCUGCCCAACGGCAAAUCAAAGUGUGGUCACUGCACCUUCUGCCUCACUGGGGUCCCGGUCAUGGCGCCCCCUCGGGCAAUAACCCGUACGACGGCGGCGGCCAUCCAAGGCGUGCUCAAAGCCACGGAUGUGCGCGACGACCCGCGGUUCCUGACGCGCGUCGCGUUUGGCAUCUCGAGCCCCCGAGUAUCGCAGCUGGGGUUGAUGCGAUUGUCUGCCUUCCGGUCGCUUGCUCAUCACGAUUUCGAGGCUCUUCUAAGAGAGUUUACAAAGGCGUGCGAUGCAGAUAACCGCAAACUAUGAGAUUAUCGCAACUUUGUGAUCUCAGAUGUCGGGAGUAUUGGCGUAUUGGACUUGGCUUGUUUGGCGACGAC